AUGUUCCGUCAGCUUUCCAGAACGAAGUCAGUGGAAAUCGACUUGCUCAGCAGCCAGGAGGAGGUAAAUGACCCGAAUGACAGAGCUGUCCUCACGCCUCGCAAGCCGGUCCGCAAGCACGCUUCCUCGCCUGCGAAGAUCUGGUCCUUUCCGAGGCGGUCACUCGGUAGACAAGCAGGGAACGCCAGAAGCGACUCCAGCUUCUUGUCGCCAGGUUCCAAAGCUUCAGCUCCACCUCCUGGCUCUGAAGUGUGGGUGUUUCCGGCAUGCCCCGGUGGAAGACAGACAUCCGCGGUUGAACCCUUUGAAGGGCCAGAGUGCGAACUGCUGGAAAAAAGGGAUGAUGUCCAGGAGGAGGAGGAGGACGACGACCAUCCCAACAAAGCUCGUCUAGUGCUGUUCCGACGCAGUUCGAUGCUGGCAGACGGCGUAGGCAUUGAUCACCCCGAUCCCCUUUGCGAGCCGCAAGCGAUUCGAGACACAAAGCCAGAGCCCUUCUCCAUGAAGGACGAGAUCCGUAUUCCUCUCAGCCUUGUGGAAGCUGGAAUGAUCUCGUCGCCACAGCUGGAGGCCUGGAGCGCCCUGGUAUGUGUGCACCGUUGUGCACCUCUCCCCGUGCUCAGCGACCAGGCCGUGGCUCUGGCGUCUCGUCGCUUCCUGCUGAGUCUCCCAUCCGGUGCCCGUUGUGGCUUCCUGCUGGGAGACGGCACCGGCUGUGGUAAAGGUCGCUGCAUCGGUGCCCUCAUCUUAGACCAGUGGAAUGCUGGCAACCGACGCCACGUGUGGCUCUCAGCUACUGCGGACCUGUACCAAGAUGCCUUACGGGAUAUGCAGGAUCUGAGAUCUGGAAUUCCAGUGUGCAACUUGGCACGUGUCCGGGCUCGUGGCAAGCUUGACGCUCCACACACCGCAGACCCAGAGCUCGCCAAGCUUGGCAAGAACAAGGAUGGAGUCUUGUUCUUGACCUACGCCCUGCUGGUGUCGCCAGGAGGGUCCUCCAAGAACAAGUCCCACCUUUCCCGGUUUCAGCAGCUGCUUGCCUGGCUCUGCCACCGGCAAGCAAAGGGAGGUGGGCUAAUCGUUCUUGACGAAGCCCACAAGGCAAAAAACUUGGAUGCUGGAACCCGCUGCGCUGAGCUGGUAGAGGAACUGCAAGAGAAAUGCGCGAACUGCCCAGUGCUGUAUUCGACGGCCACCGGUGCGACAGAAGUAUCCCAUAUGCAAUACAUGGUCAGGCUCGGGCUCUGGGGAGAGCCCGGAACUGGGGAGCAGAAUGUGCAGAAGCCGCCCUUCCCCAACUUCGCAUCUUUUAGGAAAGUUGUCGAGAGGGGCGGGGUUACAGCGAUGGAGCUUGUAGCGGUGCAGCUUCGCCUUCUGGGCUCCAUCUCCUGUCGAUCAUUGUCUUACAGCGGCACCAAGUUCGAGCUGUGCACGGCUGCCUUGAGCACGGCUGAAAUCGAGCAGUACGAUGCUGCAGUGGAGUUGUGGUGUGAUCUUCGGCAGCACAUGGAAUUGCUCGUCGAUAUGGACAUGUUCUCCUCAGAGAAGACGAGACGGAUUCUUGAGUCCCAGUUUUGGGCAGCCCAACAGCGUUUCUUCAAAGGCUUGCUCGUGUCUGCUAAAGUGUCGAAGGCGGUCGAGAUUGCCCAUGAGGCGCGCGAAGCCGGAGAAGCUGUGGUUCUUUCAUUGUGGACCACCAACGAGGCAGCCAUCAACAGGCAUCAAGGCACUGGCUGUUCUGUUGACUCCUUCGCUUCUGGGCCGGAGCUGACCUUCGAGCAGUUUACCACGCAUCUGCCCACGACCAAGGGCGGCCAGGACAUGCCUUGGGCCACGGAAGCGGUGGCUGGCAUGCUACAGCGACUGAGGCAGCUAAAGCUGCCACCGAACCCACUGGAUGAGUUGAUCUGCCGGCUCGGCGGGCCCUCACGAGUGGCGGAGAUGUCGGGGCGAAGUCAGCGAAGCUGCAAGGACCCUGCCUCCGGCGAGGUGAAACGACAGCUCCGUCAAGCGCGCGCAGUCCGCCGCCCACGGAACCAAGGCGUUGCUGGCGUAGAGUCGGUGAACGUGGCAGAGCAACGUGCCUUCCAGACGGGCGCCAAGCAUUUCGCCAUCAUCACAGAAGCUGCAUCGGCUGGCAUCUCUCUUCACUGCGACCGCCGCGAGCUGAAAGAAGGCGCACCGCCUCCAAGAGCAAGGCGAAUGAUUUGCCUCGAGCUACCUUGGGCCGCCGACAAGGCGGUGCAGCAGCUGGGGCGCGUUCAUCGCUCGAACCAGCUGCAUCCACCAAAGUUCACUUGUAUCGUCACGGACUUGGCUGGCGAAGCGCGUUUCGUCUCCGCUGUUGCCAAGCGCCUAGCGCAACUUGGCGCAAUGACCAAAGGAGAUCGUCGUGCAGGCUUCGGAGCGCGAGGCGAUGCCUUUGGCUUUGGCCGCCUUGACCUGAUGAGCAGUAAAUAUGGAGCUGCGGGCUUGAGCAAGGUCAUGGCCGACCUCCGGGAUGGAAAGCCGUCGAUCGCCGUGAAUCUCAUAAGUUGGCCCCAAGGUUGGGAUGAGUUCGUGGAACAUGCACGGAAAGCCCUGGAAGUUCAAAAGCUGCCCGUCUACGGCAAAGACCAGGAUCCUGCAGGGCUCAAGAAGUUCUUGAACCGGGCGCUGGGCAUGAGAUGCCGAACCCAGGAAGGCUUCUUCGAGCUCCUCUCAGCGCACGUUGCCAAGCUGGAAGAAGCUGAUCGUCGCGACGGCCUUCUUGACACCGGUGUCGUGUCUCUAAAUCAUGCUGGCCGCUGGGGGCGCUUGCAGAAGGUGUCGGAGCUGAAGGCGGAGGUAUUGGAAGGUGGGCUGCAGCUGCGUCACCUGCGCCUCGAGCGCGGCAUGUCCUUUGAAAUGGCCAGUCGCCUUCUGCGCCAGGCGCCCCCAGAUGAGGACCGCGCACAGGGCUUCUACCUGCGCCCUUUGGAGACGGCAGCCUCCGAAGCCUUGCUCGUUCUCCGGCGCAGGGUGGUCCGCGACAGUGCCGAUGGCGCCACAUGCUACACGCUGAUCUACCCGCAUGACAGCCCGAAGAAUCAGAUGGAUGGCCACGUCUGCACACUGAAACGGCUUCGAUCCAGUGCCCUCCUCGCCGUCACAGCGGAGGAAGCGAGAGAGCCUUGGGAGCGGCAGCACGAGGAAUCAGCACAACAAUGCAUCCACCGGCAGAGGAAGCAUCACUGCGGAAACAGUGAAUGUAGAGCCGGUUUGCGGAACCUGGUGGAAACCAUGCUGACCGGACAGAUACUGGUGCACUGGGACUUCUUAUGCUCUUUGCUUGGCGAAAAAGGCACAUCCUUGGUGAGAUGUGAGCUGACGAGCGGUGCAGUGCUCAUUGGCCUCAUGAUCCCCCGAAACAGUUUGGCAAGGGUCCGUCAGACUGUGCUGGAACGCGCUAAAGAGCCGGAACGCCCACCAGAGCCGCGACACCACGACAAGCUGGAGCCAAAGGCUCCAAAGAUUUCCGUGGAUCUGCGCGACUGCGAUUCGGACUCCACUUCUGAUGACUUGGCGAUGCGAGAGGUCAUAUCCAUCCCAGGCCAUCAGUCUGAGCCCGAGCCGGAUGAAAGUGGCCGACCAGCAAAGCGGCUCCGCCCCAUGGUCGUGGCCAGCGACGAUGAGCUUGAGGCUGAUCUGGUAUUGCUGCCAAAGGCGUGA